GAUAAUUAUAAGAAGGUCAUAUACAUGUAUACGUAAAUAUAUAUAUAGGGGUUGUAGACUCUGUCCUGGCCACGAUUUUGGAGAUUAUGGUUAGGAUUUUGGAAAUUAUAUAGACAGAAUAAAAAAAUCAUCCAGUAAAAGUGACUCAGUGUUGCCGGACAUAAAGUAGAUGGCACUGAGCCCAUUGUAUGUUGUCCUGUUUGUAGUGCUUCUGGGACAGACAUGUAUAGUACAAGGACAGACUGUGACCUGCCAGUUCAGUGACUCCAUUUUGUCGAUGGGAACGUGCUUCCGGUACUUUUCAUUGCCAGUCACGUGGGCCCAAGCAAAAACAAACUGUUCUUCAUUUAAUGGAGCACUGGCUAUGUUAAACUCUUCGCAAGUGACCGAUGCCUUAAAAAACGCCGCAUAUGGUAUAUACGUUUGGUUCGGAGCGAACGAUAUUGAUGUUGAAGGCACUUGGAUCUGGGACCACAACAAACAGUCGGCAUCUCCGAUGGCAUCAGGAAGCGUGUGGUCCUCUGGGGAACCUAGCGGAGGUGUUAGCACUUGGGACUGCGGCGAGAUUUACGUCGGCCUGAGCACGCCUUAUGUUGCUUACUCGGACACUUGUUCACUACUCAAUGCAUAUCUCUGUAUGGAGAUGCCUUUACCAACAACCACAACCACUGUAACGACCACAACCACUACACCAACAACCACUACAACUAAAACAACCACAACGACUUCAACUACAACAACCUCUACAACCACUACAACGCCAACAACCACUACUACCCCAACAACAACUACUAAACCAACAACCACUACAACACCAACAACCACUACUACGCCAACAACCACUACAACACCAACAACCACAACUACGCCAACAACCACUACAACACCAACAACCACAACUACGCCAACAACCACUACAACACCAACAACCACUACUACCCCAACAACAACUACUAAACCAACAACCACUACAACACCAACAACCACAACUACGCCUACAACCACUACAACACCAACAACCACAACUACGCCUACAACCACUACAACACCAACAACCACUACAACACCAACAACCACAACUACGCGUACAACCACUACAUCUUUGUUAACAACGACAACACAACCAGAUACCUUCACUUCACCAACAACAACUUCCCCCCCAGAAACCACAACAGAGUCCCCAUCCACUACAACAACAGAAAUAUACAGCACCACAGAAACUCAAGUGACAGAAGAAUCUCUGUCAUCAGAAACAACGCCUACAUUAGAUGAAACAACUCCUGCAGUGACAGAAACAACUCCAAAAUUGACAGAAUCAACCGAAGAAUUUCAAGAGAGUAACACAGCAGUGGACUUGAACCCCAUCCCUCUGGCCACCUCAAAGCCAGAACCUCCAGCUACUAGAAGAAUAAUUUACACAGGCGGAGUAGCAGACGCAAAAGCUCAUCCUUUCCUUAUCUCUCUUCCUGCCAUUGUCGUUAUAAUUCUCUUUCGACUCAGAGAAAUCAUGAGUUAAAUCUUCUUUGCUCCAUCCAUCAAACUCGGUGAGCCAAGUAGAGACCAAUGCUGAUCACUCUGGGGCUCGUCUGUACAUAGGACUGACUGCAGUUGACCCUCAGUGCCAGUGAGUUAUUGUAACGCGAACGUGUUAGACUGACCGGCGCAGAUUUCCAACUGAAACUUUGUUGAUGCAACAAAGUAAAUGCACACUAUUGAAGACACUUUCAUGUGUAUUAUAUUCAUUACAUACAAGACCUAAAUAAAGUCAUCUAUUUUUUUUUACGAAAGGACAAUACAAUUUGUUGUCGUCGGCAUUCCCACAUAUGGAUUUAUAUUUUUAACAUGAGAAAAGAUUAUAUCGAAUUUAUUACUAUAUUAAGCAUGUCACUAGAGCGUGCUAUAGGCAUAGGCAAACUACGCAGCCGCCUGGGGCCCUCGCACAGGGCUCUUAAUAUUUUUUUUCUAAAUAUGGAUCAAACCUCAAACUUUACAGAAAUCUAUGACUCUAUGUCUACUAGCCUAGUUCUAAGUCUCUAUUAUGAUCUAGGGCUUAUUCGCGAAUGUUUAGAUCCACUUGUUAGAUUACUUAUGUUAGAAGACCAUUGUUUCUUCCUUUUGGUGAAAUGCCAAAACAUUACCUCUAAUCUGGUGAUCAUGAAUCCACCAUGAAGUACAUUAUCGCUAUUGGUGCCAUAUGAAUUUAUCUUAUUAGUCGAUUUAGAUCUAGAUACAGGGCGGUUUUUGUAAAUUUUUUUGUGUGUAAAUUUUUGCUUAUUUUUCGGUCUGAAUUUUUUUUUCUAUUUCGUUAGGCGCCAACCUAUUCACUUCGCCUAGGGCUUCCGAUUACCUAAGUCUGGCCCUGAUAUUAUUAUGAAUAAAAGAAUUUUUUUUUUACACAAAGAGUUUUUAUUUCUAGUAUACCACAACUGGCGUUUAAUUUAAUAGAUAUAGUAUGGAUAUAGUUUAAAGUGUGCAUUGUAUAGAUCAUAAAUCAUCUUAAUAAAGAAAA